AUGUCGUUUGUAAAUGAUUCUAGUUCUGUUAGACAUCUUAAGAACUACCUCUCCACCAAAUCAUCUGCAUCCACAAAGGUAGUGGCAAAGAUGGAAAGCUUGGAGUCUCUAGGGAAAUUGGAAGUAAUAAUAGAGGCCUCAGAUGGAAUCAUGGCGGCUCGGGAUGACCUUGGAGUUGAGAUUCCACUUGAACAUAUUCCCAUUUUGCAAGAAGAAAUAGUUCAUCUUUGCGGGCAACUAAACAAGCCAGUAAUUGUAGCUUGUCAACUUCUCGGAUCCAUGGUUGAAUAUUCCACCCCAACACACGCUGAGGUUGCAGAUGUUUCUAAAGUAGUAAAGCAGAAUGCUAAUGCACUGAUGUUGUUUUGUGAGUCAACUAUUGGUUUAUAUGGACAGAAGGCUCUUCAUGUCCUGCAGAUGACCAGUAGUCGAAUGGAAUCCUGGGGUCGUGUGGUUAUUGGUGUCAUUAAGGGUUCAAUUGAUGUUGGAUAUCUACUUAAAUAUAAGGUUGGGGACAAUGGAAAAUUUACCAUUAUUACUUUUGAAAAGUACCUUUCGAUUGCACUAGAUACUCCCAGAGUUGUUGGAGUAUAUCUAGAGAUUAAGAAUCCAAUGAAAUAUGUGGUGAGCAUUGGACCUUGGAAGCAUGUUAAAGAUAAUUAUCUGCAAACACCUACUAAUCUUGUUGCUCAAGUACUCAUCAAUGGUGGGGUUUUUGUGGAACAUGGUGGGGCAGCUAAGACUAGGAAAUUCGUUUUUGACCCUAAUGGUGGGGGUGGGACUUUUGAUAUCAAUUUCUUUACAAUUAAAAAUGGUGUUUUUGGGUCUUUUGCCCCUAAUGACGAAACUCAUCUCAAAGGUGAGGAAUCUUAUUAUAAAAAGAUCAUCAUGGGACCUAUCAAGAAGACUAGGGAAGAUGCCAAACUGGAGAAGAGCCAAAUUGAUGAAAUUUUGAUUAUUGGUUGA